AUGCUUCUCAUCACCAACAACCCCUACGACUACAGCUACGUCUCCCAAGGAGAGGUGACCGUGGCCUCCAUCGACGACUCGGAAGAGGGGCGGGCAGGUGGACAUCCCAUGGCUGAGGAGAAGAGCGCUUUCGACGUCCUGGGCUUCACCGCCGAGGAGAAGGCCGGCGUCUACAAGCUGACGGGCGCCAUCAUGCACUUCGGCAACAUGAAGUUCAAGCAGAAGCAACGGGAGGAGCAGGCGGAGCCGGACGGCACCGAAGAUGCCGACAAGUCGGCCUACCUGAUGGGGCUGAACUCGGCCGAUCUUCUCAAGGGGUUGUGCCACCCCCGGGUGAAGGUGGGCAACGAGUACGUCACCAAGGGGCAGAACGUCCAGCAGGUGAUUUACGCCGUCGGGGCCUUGGCCAAGGCCGUCUACGAGAAGAUGUUCAACUGGAUGGUGACCAGGAUCAACAACUCGCUGGAGACCAAGCAGCCGCGGCAGUACUUCAUCGGCGUGCUGGACAUCGCCGGCUUCGAGAUCUUCGACUUCAACAGCUUCGAGCAGCUCUGCAUCAACUUCACCAACGAGAAGCUGCAGCAGUUCUUCAACCACCACAUGUUCGUGCUGGAGCAGGAGGAGUACAAGAAGGAGGGGAUCGAGUGGGAGUUCAUCGACUUCGGCAUGGACCUCCAGGCCUGCAUCGACCUCAUCGAGAAGCCCAUGGGGAUCAUGUCCAUCCUGGAGGAGGAGUGCAUGUUCCCCAAGGCCACGGACAUGACCUUCAAGGCCAAGCUCUUCGAUAAUCACCUGGGCAAGUCGGCCAACUUUGGGAAGCCGCGCAACGUCAAGGGGAAGCCGGAGGCCCACUUCUCGCUCAUCCACUACGCCGGCACGGUGGACUACAACAUCAUCGGGUGGCUGGAGAAGAACAAGGACCCCCUCAACGAGACGGUGGUGGGGCUCUACCAGAAAUCGGCCCUCAAGCUCUUGGCCAACCUCUUCUCCAACUACGCCGGGGCAGAUGCCGGGAAGGGGAAAGGAGCCAAGAAGAAAGGUUCCUCCUUCCAGACCGUCUCAGCUCUGCACCGGGAGAACCUCAACAAGCUGAUGACCAACCUCCCCGAGCAGGACAACCUCAACGACGCCGAGGAGCGCUGCGACCAGCUGAUCAAGAACAAGAUCCAGCUGGAGGCCAAGGCGAAGGAGCUGACGGAGCGGCUGGCGGACGAGGAGUGCUCGGAGCUGAAGAAGGACAUCGAUGACCUGGAGCUGACUCUGGCCAAGGUGGAGAAGGAGAAACACGCCACCGAGAACAAGGUCAAGAACCUCACAGAGGAGAUGGGGCCGGGCUGCGAGACCAUCGCCAAGCUGACAAAGGAGAAGAAGGCCCUGCAAGAAGCUCACCAGCAAGCGCUGGAUGACCUGCAGGCGGAGGAAGACAAGGUCAACACCUUGACGAGGGCCAAAGCCAAGCGGGAACAGCAGGCGGACGACCUCGAAGGUUCCCUGGAGCAGGAGAAGAAGAUCCGGAUGGACCUGGAACGGGCCAAGAGGAAGCUGGAAGGCGACUUGAAGCUGAACCAGGAGAACAUCAUGGAUCUGGAGAACGACAAGCAGCAGCUGGAGGAGAAGCUCAAGAAGGCCCUGCAGCCCAGAAGAAGCUGA